AUGGUGACAGCGACCCUCCAGGACCGGGGGAAAAGGACCGGGGGAAAAGGUGAGGCGUGGGUGGAGGGGGGAACGGAGGUGGGGAGGCAAGGCGUGGGGGGGCAAGGCGUGGGGGGGCAAGGCGUGGGGGGGCAAGGCGUGGGGGGGCCUCCUCAUGCAUGUGGUGGUGACAACGACCCCCCAGGAUCUCAUGAGGAGGUGAGGGGGAGAGCAAGUGGGGGAAGGUUGGGGGAGGUGGGGGAAGAGUAUGGUGCAUGUGGUGGUGACAGCGAUCCUUCAGGACCUGACGAGGAGGUGAGUGAGGCAUGCGGGGGGAGAGGGGGGAAGAGUGGUGAGGAGGCACAUAGGAGGCAAGGCGUGGGGGGGCCUCCUAUGGUGCAUGUGGUGGUGACAGCGAUCCCUCAGGACCUCAUGAGCAGGAGGAGGGGGGAUAAAGCGGUUAGAGGAGAGGUGGUAGCAAGGAAGAAGGGGAGGACGCAGGGUGGAGCAAGGGCAAUGGUGAGGGCGGUGGUCGGGGAAAAGAAACGAGAGAGAUUCGUGUGGUGCAUGUGA